AUGACGUCGAUUCUACCUUCUAUUCAAAUUGCUAUGAUACGUUACGGUAUGACGACUUAUUUGGCUCUUGGUAAUAUCGGCAAUUUCCUUGCGUUGUUAAUUUUCUCAAAUAAAAAUCACCGACGCAAUCCGUGCUCUGUAUAUCUUGGAGUUGGAUCUCUAUUUAAUAUUCUUGGCAUCAAUUUAGGAAUAAUUCCAUUAGUUUAUGCACUUGAUCAUCCUGAUCCUUUGCCACUUUCACUUUCAUUAUGCAAAUGGCGUCAAUAUGCUCUGCACGCUAUUCUAAUGAUCGAUCGAAUAUUGAUUGUUUUCGCAUGUUUCGAUCGUUUUGCGGUGUCCAGUAGUCGUCCGUCUAUACGUCGAUGGAGUAACAUAAAACUUGCUCGUUGGUCUACUAUUGCCAUCAUUCUAUUCUGGUUUAUUAUUUGUAUUCAUAUACUUGUUUAUCAAGAUAUUCAACAUGGCUCAUGUGGAAUGUUCGGCACAUAUAGUCUCAUAUUUUCAAUCUAUUCGAUUUUCAUCAUUGGUCUCAUUCCACCUUUGCUAAUGCUGAUAUUUGGAAUAUUAACAAUGCGUAAUUUGAAACAAAUUCAUACGACACAGGUUCAUUUACAUCAACGUGAUCGACAAUUCUUAGCUAUUUUAGCUGCUGAAGUAAUAGUUUAUCUAACAUGUACAGCUUUGAAUCCAGUGAGCAUUGCUUAUACAACAUUGACUAGCAAUGUUCCAAAUAAAAGCACACAACGCAUUCAAAUCGAAUCAUUUAUUAGUUUUUUCAUACGAAAUUUUCUAAUUUAUAUUUUUCAUACAACACCAUUUUAUAUAUAUUUUCUUGCUUCAAGCUCUUUUCGAAAGGAGUGCAAAAUACUCUUUUUCUCAUGGAAGAGACAGCGAAUUAUACCUACUACGACUUUACAUUAA